AUUAUGUGAGUGUGUGUGUAUGUGAGUGUGCGCGCGCGUUUUCCAGCACCACAUUCCGCUUCCUCUACUGAACACUCACCUCCUUCAUCACUCCUGCGCGCGCGCGAGCGAAUUCACCACUUUUCUUACCCAAUUUAUUUAUUUUCCUUUCUGUUAUACACCGCCCCCCCCCCCCAAACCGGACAUUCUCUCUUGGAUAUCUCUGGACCUCAUGAUAGAUAUCGGACACGUCUGAGAGAACGGAGCCAGUUAUGGACCAGAAUCUCUUUGGAGGAGCCCCUCGGUUCCUGUCCCGGCCCAAAUCGUUCUCUCUGAGUGUGGGUCGAGAUGCUACCCUCAGUUGCACCGUUGUAGGGACCCCUGUCCCUGCAGUAACAUGGGAAAAAGACAAACUGCGUAUUUCCACUGGAGGGCGCUUCAAGACCGUAGAGGAUGGGGAUGUGUAUCGACUCACCAUCUACGACCUGACGCUAGAGGACAGUGGGCAGUACAUGUGCCGUGCCAAGAACAACGUAGGUGAGGCUUACGCAGCUGUGACUCUGAAAGUGGGUCCUCCAGCAGCAGCGGUCGAACGGGCGCCGGUGUUUACGGUUAAGCCCGUCUCGAGCAGAGUGGGUUUGGGUGGUGAUGUUACCUUCUUCUGUCGUGUGGCAGCUCACCCAGCUCCAAAAUUUGACUGGGAGAAGGAUGGACGUUACCUAGGUGAGACCAAUCGCAUCAAGAUAAUGUCAGACAGCGAGUCCAGCUCAGUGCGCAUUCAGAGCGUCAGGAACAUGGACAGCGGCACUUAUACCUGCCGGGCUCAAAACUCCAUCGGUCGAGCGCAAUCCGCCGCCGCUCUGGUGGUGGACACUCAGGACACGCGACUUCUCAACGCUGACAAAAGCACCUCCCUGCUGUCUCACCUGCAGAAGCGCAAAGAGGAGAUGCGUAAGGAUAUAUCUCUUUUGCCCAUGUCUGAGAGCUACUCCCAGUCCUCCUCAUCCUCAUCUAAUAUCAUAGAAGGGCUUAGCAAAUUGGGGAUUGCAUCUGAGCAGGUGCAGCGAGUCUCUGCUUUGACUGGUAGACUACCCAAAGGUGUCUUCACCCGAACCUGUACGGUGACUGAGGGCAAGCAUGCCAAGCUCAGCUGCUUUGUCACCGGCCACCCCAAACCUCAAAUCAUCUGGAGGAAGGAUGGAAUGAACAUCGUUGAAGGUCGUAGGCACGUCAUGUAUGAGGACCAAGCAGAGAACUUCAUUCUCAAAGUCCUGUACUGUAAGCAAAGUGAUAAUGGCUUCUACACCUGUAAUGCCUCUAACUUAGCUGGACAAACCUACAGCGCAGUUCUGGUGACCGUGAAAGAGCCAACAGUGCCAUUUAAGAAGAAGCUGCAGGACGUGGAGGUGAAGGAGAAGGAGACUGCUAUGUUGCUGUGUGAGGUGCCCACGGCGAAUACUCAGGCCUCCUGGUUCAUGGAGGAGACUCGCCUGGAGCAGAGCACCAAGUACCGCAUGGAGCAGGAAGGCACGAUGCGUCUCCUCACCAUCCACAACGUCACGACCAACGACGACGCCGUUUACGUCUGCGAAAUGAAGGAAGGGAGCCGCACUGUGGCCGAGCUCACUGUUCUGGGAAACAUAACCAAGAAGUUGCCCAGAAGGACCAUCGUGCCCGUGAGCGAUACGGUGAUCUUCUGCGUGGAGCUCGAGCACCCUUUCGAAGACGCUUAUUGGACCAGGAAUGGAGAGAAGUUGAAGGAGAACUCCAGGGUCAUUAUUGCUCGCACGCUUAAUCGGUACACGCUCACCAUCCGUGACUGCACUGCAGAAGACUCGGGCGAGGUGGCGUUCGUUGCCGGCGACUGCAAGACUUCCACACGGUUCUCAGUAACGGCACCAAGGAAACAUCCUCCUGAUGCGCCGGUCAAACCGAUCGUGUUGAACAAGACGGACAACUCCAUCACUCUGAGUUGGUCUCGGCCAGACAGCGAGCGGCCCGUCCCCAUCAACGGCUACGUGGUGGAGAGGCGGAAGGUGGGAGCUCAGACGUGGGUUCGAGUCACAGGCAUGGAGCUUGUGUCUACCAGCCAGUACACCAUCAGCAACAUCACAGAGGAGAGCAGCUACCAGUUCCGCAUUUCAUCCGUUAACGAUUUUGGGCAGAGUGCCUAUCUGGAGGUUCCAGGAACGUUUUAUCUUGAACCGACCGCCUCGGUGACGUCAGGUCUUCGAAACUGCACCGCCGUGUCCGACGGGGAGGCCACCUUCAGCGUGGAGCUCUCCGCAACCUGCUCCGGAGCUUGGAUGCUGAACGGCCAACUGAUCCGCAGCGGAGUCGACUACCUCAUAACUCGCUCGAAGACCACGCACACGCUGGUGAUCAGGAAGGUGACCGAGGUGCUGGAUGGAGCUCAGGUCAAAUUCGUUGGUGGAGGAUCGGAAAGCGUCUGCACUCUAAGCGUAAAAGCUGCUCCAGCAUGUUUUACCAAAAAAUAUUCUGAGGCAGACAUCUUUACGUUCAGCGCUCACUCUUCUGCCCAGCUCUACACGGAGGUGUCAGAUGCCAGUGUCCAGGUCUCCUGGAUAAAGAACGGUAAGGAAUUAAGGCUGGGCAAAAAGUACGAAGCCUCAAGCGUGGGAAACAAACGCACGCUGACCAUUCAUAACGUGACUCACGAGGACGCAGGGAUUUAUGAGUGUGUUUGUGACGGCGAUAAGAUGUCCAUCCAGCUCGCUAUUAAAGAGGAAGCAGCGAAGUUUGUGAACAAGCCCAAGACUCAACCCCUGGAGGUUUCUCCCUUGAUGGGUGAUGUGGCACUGAGUUGCGAGGUGGCAUCGCCUACAACCACUGUUGUGUGGAAGAAGGAGCAUAAAGAAAUAGUGGAGGACAACAGGGUGACCUUAGUGUCCCAGGGGACACAGAGAAAGCUGGUUAUCAAAGGAGCGAAGCAGAGCGAUGAAGGACACUAUUCAUGUGAGACGACAGAGGACAAGGUCGCAUUCAGGGUCAGAGUACAAGAACCUCAAGCCACUUUCAUCAAUAAAGAAACCUAUCAGAAGGAGGUCAAAGUUUCUGCCUCUCAGAAAGCCACGCUGAGCUGCGAAGUGUCCGACUCCAAAACCGAAGUGAAAUGGUAUAAAGACGGCAAACAGCUGAUCUCCGGUAAGACCGUCCACGUGGAGACGAAGGGCAAAAUCCGUCAACUGGUGUUGGACAGUGUGGAGAAGAAGGACGCAGGAGAGUACACAUGUGAAGUAGGAAACGAGAAGCUGGUCUUUAAGAUUCACGUGAUGGCUGCCCCAACAGAAGUUCAAGCCACUUUCACCAACAAAGAAACCUAUCAGAAGGAGGUCAAAGUUUCUGCCUCUCAGAAAGCCACGCUGAGCUGCGAAGUGUCCGACUCCAAAACCGAAGUGAAAUGGUAUAAAGAAGGCAAACAGCUGAUCUCCGGUAAGACCGUCCACGUGGAGACGAAGGGCAAAAUCCGUCAACUGGUGUUGGACAGUGUGGAGAAGAAGGACGCAGGAGAGUACACCUGUGAAGUAGGAAACGAGAAGCUGGUCUUUAAGAUCCAUGUGGAAGAACCUCAAGCCACUUUCGUCAACAAAGAAACCUAUCAGAAGGAGGUCAAAGUUUCUGCCUCUCAGAAAGCCACGCUGAGCUGCGAAGUGUCCGACUCCAAAACUGAAGUGAAAUGGUAUAAAGACGGCAAAAUGCUGAUCUUAAGUAAGACCGUCCACGUGGAGACGAAGGGCAAAAUCCGUCAACUGGUGUUGGACAGUGUGGAGAAGAAGGACGCAGGAGAGUACACCUGUGAAGUAGGAAACGAGAAGCUGGUCUUUAAGAUUCAGGUUUCAGAACCUCAAGCCACUUUCAUCAACAAAGAAACCUAUCAGAAGGAGGUCAAAGUUUCUGCCUCUCAGAAAGCCACACUGAGCUGCGAAGUGUCCGACUCCAAAACCGAAGUGAAAUGGUAUAAAGACGGCAAACAGCUGAUCUCCGGUAAGACCGUCCACGUGGAGACGAAGGGCAAAAUCCGUCAUCUGGUGUUGGACAGUGUGGAGAAGAAGGAUGCUGGAGAGUACACCUGUGAAGUAGGAAACGAGAAGCUGGUCUUUAAGAUUCAGGUGAUAGAGCAUCAAGCAGUUUUCAACAACAAGGAUUCCUAUCCGAAGGAGGUGAAAGUUUCUGCCUCUCAGAAAGUCACACUGGACUGCGAAGUGUCCGACUCGAAAACUGAGGUGAAAUGGUAUAAAGACGGAAAACAGCUGAUCUCCAGCAGGACCAUACACAUGGAGUCAAAGGGCAAAAUCCGUCAACUGGUGCUUGAGAGUGUUGAGAAGAAGGACGCAGGAGAGUACACAUGUGAAGCUGGAAAUGAAAAGCUAGUUUUUAAAAUUCAGGUUGCAGAACCUCAAGCCACUUUCAUCAAUAAAGAAACCUAUCAGAAGGAGGUCAAAGUUUCUGCCUCUCAGAAAGCCACACUGAGCUGCGAAGUGUCCGACUCCAAAACCGAAGUGAAAUGGUAUAAAGAAGGCAAACAGCUGAUCUCCGGUAAGACCGUCCACGUGGAGACGAAGGGCAAAAUCCGUCAACUGGUGUUGGACAGUGUGGAGAAGAAGGACGCUGGAGAGUACACAUGUGAAGUAGGAAACGAGAAGCUGGUCUUUAAGAUUCAGGUUUCAGAAACGCAAGCCACUUUCAUCAACAAAGAAACCUAUCAGAAGGAGGUCAAAGUUUCUGCCUCUCAGAAAGCCACGCUGAGCUGUGAAGUGUCCGACUCCAAAACCGAAGUGAAAUGGUAUAAAGACGGCAAACAGCUGAUCUCCGGUAAGACCGUCCACGUGGAGACGAAGGGCAAAAUCCGUCAACUGGUGUUGGACAGUGUGGAGAAGAAGGACGCAGGAGAGUACACAUGUGAAGUAGGAAACGAGAAGCUGGUCUUUAAGAUUCAGGUUUCAGAACCUCAAGCCACUUUCACCAACAAAGAAACCUAUCAGAAGGAGGUCAAAGUUUCUGUCUCUCAGAAAGCCACGCUGAGCUGCGAAGUGUCCGACUCCAAAACCGAAGUGAAAUGGUAUAAAGAAGGCAAACAGCUGAUCUUAAGUAAGACCGUCCACGUGGAGACGAAGGGCAAAACCCGUCAACUGGUGCUUGAGAGCGUUGAGAAGAAGGACGCAGGAGAGUACACCUGUGAAGCUGGAAAUGAAAAGCUAGUUUUUAAAAUUCAGGUUGCAGAACCUCAAGCCACUUUCAUCAACAAAGAAACCUAUCAGAAGGAGGUCAAAGUUUCUGCCUCUCAGAAAGCCACGCUGAGCUGCGAAGUGUCCGACUCCAAAACCGAAGUGAAAUGGUAUAAAGAAGGCAAACAGCUGAUCUCCGGUAAGACCGUCCACGUGGAGACGAAGGGCAAAAUCCGUCAACUGGUGUUGGACAGUGUGGAGAAGAAGGACGCUGGAGAGUACACAUGUGAAGUAGGAAACGAGAAGCUGGUCUUUAAGAUUCAGGUUUCAGAAACGCAAGCCACUUUCAUCAACAAAGAAACCUAUCAGAAGGAGGUCAAAGUUUCUGCCUCUCAGAAAGCCACGCUGAGCUGUGAAGUGUCCGACUCCAAAACCGAAGUGAAAUGGUAUAAAGACGGCAAACAGCUGAUCUCCGGUAAGACCGUCCACGUGGAGACGAAGGGCAAAAUCUGUCAUCUGGUGUUGGACAGUGUGGAGAAGAAGGACGCAGGAGAGUACACCUGUGAAGUAGGAAACGAGAAGCUGGUCUUUAAGAUUCAGGUUUCAGAACCUCAAGCCACUUUCAUCAACAAAGAAACCUAUCAGAAGGAGGUCAAAGUUUCUGCCUCUCAGAAAGCCACACUGAGCUGUGAAGUGUUCGACUCCAAAACCGAAGUGAAAUGGUAUAAAGAAGGCAAACAGCUGAUCUCCGGUAAGACCGUCCACGUGGAGACGAAGGGCAAAAUCCGUCAACUGGUGUUGGACAGUGUGGAGAAGAAGGACGCUGGAGAGUACACAUGUGAAGUAGGAAACGAGAAGCUGGUCUUUAAGAUUCAGGUUUCAGACGUCGCUGCUAAAUUCCAGAAAAAAUCCAGUAUAAAGGAAACUAUCGCUGUGCAAGAAACUGAGAAUAUUGUUCUGACCACUCAAGUAACAACAGAACACGCUAAUGUUAGUUGGUUCAGGGACGGCAUAGAGCUGAAGGAGGGUAAUAAGUAUGAAAUGAAGAGGGAAGGUUUGUCUCAUGUCCUUAUUGUUAAGUCCUCUGAAGCAAAAGAUACAGGCAUUUAUGUGUGUCAGACAGCUGAGGACAAGAUGGAAUUCCAGGUUCAGAUAAAAGAAUCUCCACUAAAAUUUGUAGUUGGCUUGGAGCCAGUGACUGUUGCUUUGGGCGGUACCAUGACUCUGUCCUGCCAAUUGAAUAGAACUGCAGGGGACGUUCUUUGGAAACACAACGGCAAAGAAAUUAAGCCUGGUGGCAGAUACGUCAUACGCUCUGACGGAGCUCAACGUUUACUGACCGUGUCGUCUGUAGCCCAGGAAGAUGAAGGAGAGUUCAGUUGCGAAUGCAAAGAUGACAAGACUAAUGCUAAGAUUACAACUAAAGCUCCACGUUUGGUGAAGUUCUUAUCCAAGUUGAACAAUGUUGUGGCAAACGAAGGCAAGGAUGCCAUCUUUAAAUGUUCCAUCACUCCUGCGGAUGUGAGCUUGAGAUGGCUGUUUAAUAAUGUGCCCGUCACCUCUGGGCCCAAAUUCAAGAUCGCUCAUGGAGGCACAAGCCAUUCGCUCACGAUCACUGCAGUAACACUAGAGGAUGUGGGAGAAAUCAGUGUGGAUGCUGAAGGGAAAAUGUGUAAAGCGACUCUGCAAGUGCAAAAGCUCCCUGUAAUGUUCAUAAAGAAGCUGGAGAACAAAACGGUCCAAGAGCAGGACACUGUGGAGCUUAAGGUUGAACUGAGUAGGCCAUCCACUGAGGUAAAGUGGAUGAAGAACGGCAUUGUGCUGCAGCCUGAAGGGAAUCUGAAUAUUAAAGUUGAUGGAGUUAAACAGUCUCUGAUCUUUAAGAGUGUGACCUGUGCUGACCGAGGCUUUUACUCCUGUGAGACUCUGGAUGACAAGACUCAGGCCAAACUGACAGUAGAAAUGAAAAAGAUCCAGAUCGUUAAGGGCUUGAAAGAGAUAAAAGUUCAUGAACAGGAGACGGUAACCAUGGAAGUGGAACUCAGUCAGCCUGAUGUGGAAGCGUUUUGGACCAAAGAUGGACAAAAACUGAGAGCAAGUCCCAAAAUCCUAAUGACCACUCUGGGUAAUAAACAUUCCUUGACCAUGUCCCAGUUGAAGAUGGAGGACAGUGGGAUGAUCACUUUCCAGGCAGAAGGUGUCCACACCUCCGCAAAACUCAUCGUCACGGAACCUCCCGCAAAGAUCCUCAGACCGUUAGAAGAUGUGACUACUGCGGAAAAGGAAAAAGCCACCUUUGAGUGUGAAGUGUCCCGGAUGAAUGCUGACGUGAAGUGGUUUAAGAAUGAAGAGGAACUGAAACCAGGAAAGAGAUACAUGAUUCAUUCUCAAGGUUGCAAGCGUAGCCUCCUCAUCCAGAAAUGUACUUAUGAAGACCAAGGCUUGUAUGUGUGCAAAACAACGGAUGACAACACGUCAGCCAAGCUGACCGUUCAUGCCCGUGACAUCAAGAUUAUUAAGCAGCUGCAGGAUUUGAAAGUGACUGAGAAAGAAAGUGCGGCGUUUGUCUGUGAGGUGUCGCACGACGAAGUGGAGGGUCAGUGGUUUACGGGUGACAUCAAACUCAAAGCUGGGGACAACAUUAAAAUGAGACAAGAAGGAAGAACAUAUAUCCUACUGUUCAAAUCAGUGAAGGCUGAGGAUGCUGCUGAAAUCAAGUUUGUGGCUGAAAAGGCCUCGUCAGUGGCAAAGCUCACAGUCAAAGAAUUGCCUGUGAGAUUUGUGAAGAAGCUCAGAGACAAAAUUGCCAUGUACAAACACCGAGGGCACUUAGAGUGUCAGGUAUCUCGAGCCAGUGCCACGGUCACAUGGUAUAAGAACAAGGACAAAAUCGAAGCCACCAAGAAGUACGAGAUCUCCAGUGAGGAUGUGUAUCGCAAGCUCACCAUCAAUGACGUGGACUCUGGGGAUGAGGCCACAUACACUUGUGAUGCUGUUGAUGAAAAGACAUCAUGCAAGCUGCUUGUGGAGGAGCAGGCCAUCAGCAUAGUCAAGGAGCUUAGCUCAGUGGAUGUGACCGAACCGUUCGCAGCUCACUUUGAGGUGGAAAUCAGCAUCGAAACCAUUAAGCCAGUAAAGUGGGCCUUAAACGGAGAAAUUCUGAGCGAGAGCAGCGAGGUUGACAUCGAGAAGGAAGGCACCAUGCAUCGCCUCACGUUUAAGAAGACCAAAGCAUCCAUGUCAGGAACUGUGCAGUUCACCGCUGGGAAAAGCAAAUCAACUGCUCAGCUGACAGUCAAAGAGCGUCCAAUCGAGGUGGUGGAGCCCUUGAAAAAUGUGACCGGCCAAGAAAAGGCCUCAGCCAAGCUGUCAUGCAGGCUAUCAGCUGUUCCUAAAGAAGUGUGUUGGUUCAAAGGUCAAACUGCUCUGGAGGCAUCCAGCAAGUACGUCAUGAAACAAAGUGCUGCUGAAGUGCAGCUGGUCAUCCAGACAUUGAGUCCUGACGACGACGGCGAGUAUCGCUGUCGCGUCGGGACCUGUGAGACCAAAGCAACUCUCACUGUUGAAGUGCGGAAAGUGCAGAUCACCAAGCGAUUGACCGACGUGGAGGUCGACGAAGGCGGUGAUGCUGUGUUUACCUGUGAGGUGAACUAUGCUGACGAGGAUGUAGAGUGGUUCCUCAAUGAUAAGCUUCUGUUCACCAACGAGGUUAAUUUUCUUCAACAUGUGAAUAAGACGCAUACCCUCACCCUCAAGAACCUGGCACCUCAAGAUGGUGGCAAGAUCACAUUCAAGAUUAGAGAAGAGAAGCAGACCGUCUGCUUGAAAGUCAAAGAAAAGAAAGCAGUGUUCCUUAAGCUGCUAGAUGACGUGAUUGGAGAAGAAAAGGGCUCUGUAAGUCUGAAAUGUGAAGCCUCAAAGCCUACAGUGACCCCAGUUUGGAGGAAAGAUGGUACUAUCCUUUCUGCAGACAGCAAGCACGAGCUGUUGCACACCGGCAGGAUCCUAGGUCUCACUAUCCGGGACGUCACGCAGUUGGACUCCGGGGAGUACAGCUGUGAUCUUGGUACAGAUCUUACAAAAUCCAGGGUCACCAUUAGAGAUAUCAGCAUUGGCAUCACAAAACGCUUGAAGUCCGUGGAGGCUAAAGCAGGUGAGACCUGCGUGUUCGAGUGUAUCCUGUCACGAGAAAGCUCAGACGCAUGUUCGUGGAGCCUGAAAGGCCAACCUGUGACGAACGGAGGACGUUUCCAGAUUAGCAGCAAAGCGCGCAAGCACACACUUAGCAUCAAAGGAGUGACUGGGUCAGACUCUGGAGAGGUCGUUUUUUCUCUCAAGGACUUGAAUUCGACAGCAAUGUUGGCUGUCAAAGGUGAAGUUCCAACCUUCUCUAAAGAGCUCAAGGAUGUUAGCAUUGCUCCUGGAGAAGAUGCUGUAUUCCUCUGUGAGCUCUCUCAGGCUGGCUUGGAUGCAAUCUGGUAUAAGAAUGGAAAGUCGAUCCAAAAGAGCCUAAAGUAUGAGAUGAUUCAGGAAAAUAAAGUUGUGAAGCUGAUUGUUCACGGUGUUACCGCUAAGGAUUCUGGAGAAUACAGCUGUGAGGUGACCGGUGGGCCGACCUCAAAAGCUCAGCUGGAAAUCAAAGUUCCUCCUGCCUUUUUUACUCGUGAGUUGGAGGACCAGAAGGCUUUGGAAAAGGAAAGUGUCACCUGGUGCUGCGAGCUGUCUAAACCAGGUAUAACGGUUCAGUGGCGCAAAGGGGAAGUAGACCUUUGUUCUUGCUCCAAAUACGAAGUCCGGCAAGAUGGCAACCUUGUCGAGUUGGUGAUCCAUGAUGUCGACCCUGAAGAUUCUGGAGACUACACUUGUGACUGUGGAGAUCAGAAAACCACAGCACACCUGGAAGUAAAGGCACUACCCAUUCUGUUUAAAAUACCUCUGAACAACCUGGAAGCUGAAGUCGGGGAAACCGCCGUAUUCCGGUGUGAACUUACCAAACCAGGAGCACCUGUAGUAUGGAGAAAAAAUCAAAAGAUUGUACAAUCCAGCAACAAACACCAAUUAAGGCAGGACGGAGUAGUGGUCGAGUUAUACAUCUACAAACUUCAGGAAGCAGACUCGGGAGAGUAUUCCUGUGAUUCUGGGUAUGAAACGACUUCUGCCCAACUCACGAUAAAGGAACUUGACAUUACUAUUGACACCGGGCUGAAGAGCUGCAUUGUCAAUGAAGGAGAUGAUGUGGCCUUUGAGUGCUUUGUAUCUCAUGACGCCGCCCAGAAUGUGAACUGGGAACUUCAGGGUGUUCCUCUCCAGAGCAACGAGAUGAACGUAAUCCAAGUGGAAGGCAAAAGGCACUCGCUUACUCUAAGGAGCGUGACUGAGAAAGACUCGGGGACCGUGUCCUUCCAUGUGGGAAGCCAUACUUCGUUUGCUUGUCUCACGGUUAAAGCGAUCCCUGUCGUCCAAUUUACAAGUGACUUAAAGAACCAGGAAGCUGUAGAAGGAGGCCAAGCUACGUUAUCCUGUGAAACCUCAACCCCUGAUGCCCAUGUGAUCUGGAAGAAGGACAAAAAAGUCAUUUCUGAAGGAGACAAGUACACCAUUCAGAAGAAUAACACAACCCAAUCUCUGGUGAUCUACCAGUUAACAGUGGGCGAUGCUGGAGAAUAUGUGUGUGAAGUCGGAGACAAACAAACCAAAGCCACGUUGAGCGUCAAAGAACGUGUACGAAUUACAAGAGAACUUAACGACGUCACAGUGACUACGGGCGAGGACGCAGUGUUCCACUGUGAGGUGUCCCAGACAGGAGUAACUAGUAUCGAGUGGUGGCUAGGCUCCAAUCACCUCCAAAACAAUGACUUGAAUCAGAUCAGCAGCCGAGGGAGAGAGCACAGCCUAGUGUUAAAAAUGGUCACGCCUGACGAUUCAGGUGAUGUGGCCUUUGUGGUUGGCUGUGAAAGGACGGUUGCUUCCUUGGUGGUGAAGGACAAACCCAAAGAAUCCCAGAUCAUAUUCCGCAAGGAAUUGGAGAACCAAGAUGCCGUCGAGGGUGACACGGUUACACUCCGCUGUGAACUUUCUAAGCCCGGCAUUAACGUAGAGUGGCGUAAAGGCGGAGUAAUCUUGCAACCCAGUAAGAAGUUUCAGCUGAAGCAAGCGGGAUGCUUACAAGAGCUUCACAUAAACGACUUGAAACUAGAAGACAGUGGCUAUUACACUUGUGAUGCUGGAAACCAGUUAACGACAGCUUCAGUUUCAGUGCAAGAGGCUGAGGUACUCAUUGUGUCUGGUAUAAAAAGCACUGAUGUCUUUGCGGGAGAGCAGGCAGUGUUCUCCUGCCAACUGUCUCGCCGUGCCAAAGGGAGAGUCCAGUGGUGGCUGGAUGGCACCCGUUUGGAGAACAGUCCCUUCAGUAUUAUUGGUGUGGGUGAAGACAAUAUUCACACCCUCACCCUAAAGAACCUGGCGCCAAGUGACUCGGGCACCAUCCUGUUCAAAACAGGGAGCUUGACAUCCUCGGCUAGGCUGUUAGUUAAAGAUCCUACUGUGGAGGUAGUCAGUGCCAUGGAGGAUAUCGACAUUGCAGAAAACCAGCCUGCAGAGUUCAUCUGCCAGUUCUCAAGGCCAGUCAGGGCCACGUGGAAGCUAAACGGGCAGCCCGUGCAACCUGACACCCACAGGCUUAUAGUGGAGCAAGACUGGACUGUAGCACGGUUGUACAUUAGCCGGGUAACCGCACAGGAUGUGGGUGUAUACUCCUGUGAGGCGGAAGGGACCCAUGUUGAGGCACACCUGAGGGUGCAAGCUAAACCGAUUGAGAUCAUUCAAGGCCUGGAUAAUGUGGAGACCAUUGAAGGCGGUGAGGCACUUUUUGAGUGCUCCCUAUCUGUGCCUGAGUCUAAAGAAUGCCGGUGGUUGGUCGAUGGAAAACCUGUAAAGGAGUCUAGUAAAGUGGAAAUUGUUUGCUUCGAGAGUGGUCGUCGCCACCUUUUGCUGCUGAAGGACUUGAGAGCUGGAGACAACUGUACAGUAACCUUUCAGGCUGGCACUACCUCCACCUCUGCCCUUCUCACAGUCAAAGGGUGGCAACUGGAAGUGGUGAAACCAUUGGAGGACAAAACUGUUGUAGCUGGAGAGCCAGUGGAGUUCAUCUGUGUCCUGAACAAGCCUGUACCAGAGAAAGACGUAAAUUGGUACGCUAAUGGUUCAGAACUUCGGCCAGAUGACACAUGGGCAAUGAAAAACAAUGGAUGUGCAUGUACCCUAAUUCUGAAAAAAGCCCCUAUUCGGUCACCUCUAGAAAUCACGUUUGCUGCUCAGGAUGCUAUUUCAGUGGCCAAGCUAGUGACUAUUGGCGUACCAGACCCCCCUGAGGAUCCUGAGCUUGUCACUAAGGGACCAACUUCAGUGACCCUGUCUUGGUUUACACCUCUCAGUGAUGGUGGAAGCCCAAUCCUUGGAUAUCGCGUAGAGAUGCGACAAGUGGACAGUGCUCUCUGGCAAUCCUGCCAUGCCGAACCAGUAUGCAAUACUGAGUUUAUGGUGGAAAACCUUAUCCCUGGCUCUGGAUACAGGUUUCGGGUGGCAGCUAUAAACCGUGCUGGUAUUGGUGACUCUGUCCAGCUUCCUCAAACCGUUACACUUGAUGCACCAGUGACUAUUGCCAAGAAGCUGAGUGUCUCUGAGCUCCAAAAGGGGAAGAUUGCCCGUCUGGAGUGUGAGCUUUCGUCUGAGAGUAAGCAGGUUGUUUGGCAAAAAGAUCUUCAAGAGAUUGAAAUGGGAGCCAAAUACCAAGCAGUCACAGAGGGCAAAUUCCAAAUUUUGCUCAUUAAGGAUUUUCAGCCUGCUGACCAGGGGACGUAUGUUUGUGUGGCCUCAGGAGAUGCGAAAACCGCAAUAAACCUUGAACUUGAAGGGGAUACCACAGUGAUAACCCAGCCUGAGGAAAGUGGCCAGCCUGGCUUGCCCCCUGAGGCUGCUUCUGAGGGUGAUCUGCAUGUUUUAUGGGAUGCGCUGGCCAAGAAGCGGAGGAUGAGCAGGGAACCCACCCUGGACUCCAUUUCAGAGCUGCCAGAAGAAGAUGGUAAAGACAAGAUACAAACUCAGGAGGGUAAAGUUGUGGAGAAAGACCAGAUCAAAGAGAGGGUAAAACCCACUGAAAUCAAAUCAGAGUUAAAUCUAUAUACCAGUUCUGAAGAUGAGACCGUUGGCGGUUCUUCGAGUCUGGUGUCGUACCUUAAAAAGAGCAGCCAAUCCUCUGUCACAAUGGUCAGCGAAAGUGAAACCAGUGCAUCUCAGAAGCUUUACGAACAUUUUCAAAUGACAGAGAAAUCUGUGCAGCAGACAAUGGCAUCACCACCAUUUGAGAUCUCUAAGGAGGACAAGGAUGAGCUGCAGGAAGCGGCCAUCAAAAUCCAAGCCGCCUUCAAAGGCUACAAAGCGAGAAAGGACAUGCGCCCGACCUUUAAAGAGGUCUUUAAGGACCAGAACAAAGAACCGAAUACGACCAUACAUCUCGAGUGUAUUGCAGACGGUAAACCAGACAAAGUCCGGUGGCUGAAGGAUGGUAAACCACUGGUAGAUGGCAAACACCACCACAUAGACAUAUAUAACGAUGGGACUUGCUCUCUGAUUGUGCCAGCUGCUACAACUAAUGACACUGGGCUGUACACUUGUGAGGUCACAAAUAAGUAUGGCAUCGCAUCCCACAGUGGAAAAGUCAUCAUUGGAUCCGUGCGAGAGUCCUCCGGACGACGUCCGCUAACUCUCGGUUAUAGUGCGGACAGUGAGCCCGAGAGCUCCGGCAGUGAGAUGGACGAGUCUUUACGACAGGCGAGCAGGAGGCUCCAGAAGCUGCUUCGUACACGUCUUCCACCAAAUGUAGAAGAGGAACCUUUCCUAAGUGCAGACGAGGGUGACCUGCAGCCGCCGGAUCCGCAUUCGUAUCGCGAAGAUGAUAGCUACAUCUACAUCCGUUUCGACACGCGCAGCGAAGCUCAGGUUGCGUCCCAGCGAUUCCAGGAGAUGUUUACACACCAGGGUGUGCCAGUAGACACCGCCAUUAUUGAAACCGGAACUAAGAUAGAACUUCGCAUCAAGAAGGUGGGAUUUAGCCAAGAUGGUUCCCGAACCCCAACUGAAGAAAAGCCGAUUUUCGUGUCGGCAGCCCCAGUCUUCCUGACACAGCUCCAAAACCAGGAAGUCCCAGACGGAUACCCAGUCAGCUUUGACUGUGUGAUCAUCGGCAAACCUUCUCCUAGCGUACGGUGGUUCAAAGAUGGGAAAGUGCUACAAGAAGAUGACCAUUAUAUGAUCAACGAAGACCAGGAGGGCUGCCAUCAAUUGAUCAUCACAACUGUAAGGCCACUCGACAUGGGUGUAUACCGCUGCGUUGCUGAAAAUGACAGUGGCAUUGCUUCCAGCAAGGCGGAGCUUAGGGUGGAAAUGUCUUGCAGCUCGGACUAUGACACAGCAGCUGAUGCCACCGAAACUUCUUCGUAUAUUAGCGCUAAAGAUUACGUCUCUAGUUCUGAGCACAGAGACACAGAGGCGUUUGAAUCCGUGGUGGAGGACGAGCAGCUUCCACAGGUGGUGGAUGAGCUACAUGACCUCUGUCUGAGUCCUGGAGCACCCAAUGCCAAGAUGAGCGUCAGGGUCAAAGGAUUCCCCAGUCCAAAAGUUUACUGGUUCAAGGACGGAGUGGCACUGACCCCCACAGACAGGGUUUUGCUGUCGACAGAGAGAGACGUGUACAGUCUGGAGAUUGUGGAGGUGAAGCGUGAAGAUAGUGGCGAAUAUUCGGUCUACAUCAGCAACGCAGCUGGAGCGGCCUACUCCUCCGCACGCAUGCUUGUACUUGUUCCAGGAGAGCGCAUACCUGAGAGUAUGAAGAUUAGAGACUCCAAAGAGCCUCUGGUACCUCCACGUUUUCUCGAGAAGUUCUGCAACCGGACGGUGAAACAAGGAGCGAGCAUCACACUGUCUGUUAAAGUGGAAGGCUCCCCAACUCCCUGCGUGAACUGGCUGAAGGAAGAAGCACUGAAGGACGUUUUGUGGAUUAAAGCAGACACUCCCGGAUACAAGAUUGCCAGCUCUGGCUUUCAGCACAGCCUUAUUCUAAUGGAUGUAGGAAAGGAGCACAGCGGCACCUACACUUGUAUCGCCAGCAACCGCGCUGGCCAGUCGGUCAACACCGCCCGCUUGGACGUGGACCAGGGUUUGUCCACAUUCCCGAAAGGACAGCAGAGCAUCGUUACACCAGACAUUUGCGGGAUUACAAUCAGCCCUCCAGAAGAAGAAAGCAAAGGAGAGCCCAAACUUCCCUACCUGCCUGGAGUCGAUACUGCCGAAUUCUUACAGAAGCUAACCUGCCAGAUCACGGAGAUGGUCUCUGCCAAGAUCACGCAAGACAGCAUACAGAACCAUCAAGUGCUCCAGUGGAUGAAAACAUGGCCCAAAGUGACCACCUCAUUACGUGUGCCUGGAGCUGAUAGUGAUGAUGAGAGUAAGACUCCAUCUCCGUCUCCUUUCCACGGACGCUCGCGUCCUGCUUCGCUGAUUGCUGACUCUUCCUCGGAAUCCGACGAGGGUGAAGCCCGAGGAGAGAUGUUUGACAUCUACGUAGCGAUAGCGGAUUAUAACCCCAUGGGACUGAGUAAAGAGAGCGUCGCUCUAAAGGAGGGGCAGUACGUGGAGGUCCUGGACUCUGCUCAUCCGCUCAAAUGGCUUGUGAGAACUAAACCCUCUAAAACAACACCCUCACGUCAAGGCUGGGUCUCUCCAGCAUACCUAGAUAAGAAGCUGAAGGUUUCUGCAGAUACAGGAGAAGUUCCAGAGACCACAGGAGAGGCGGUCUCUGAAGGGGAGUACAAAAGGAAGCUCUGCCAACUCAUCCAGGAGCUCAUUAGCAGUGAGAAGGAGUUUGUAAAGGAGAUGGACUUUGUUACAUCGCACCAUCUGAAGCAUAUUGAAGAAGAGAGCACGCCUCCUGAAAUUCGCACUCACAAGGACGCCAUCUUCCGCAACAUUAGUGACAUCGGUUCAUUCCACAGCAGUUCUUUUCUUCCUGGGCUGGAAGACUGCGACACAGAUGACGACAUCGCCAUGCGCUUCCUAAAAAACACAGAAGGAUUUGAGAACUAUCUGCAGUACUUGGUAGGUCAGGCUAAAGCCCAGGCUACCGUUAGUGAGAAAGAUGUUCACAAGUAUUUCAAGAAUUACACAGAUUCAGAGUUGGCGAAUGUGGAUCCUGCAGAAGGGCCGGUACGGAGCGUGAAUAGUUAUCUUCAGAGACCACCGGACAGGAUCCAGAAAUACAAGGACCUCUUAAAGGAGAUGAUUAAAAAUAAGGCAAGGAACGGACAGAACUGCUGUCUUCUAGAAGAGGCUUAUGCCAUGGUUUCUUCUCUUCCCACGCGCUCGGAAAACACGCAUCAUGUCUCCCUCAUCGAGAACUACCCCGCCAACCUGGAAGCCUUAGGAGAACCUAUCAGACAGGGCCCCUUUAUAGUGUGGGAGGGUGCUCCAGGAGUCCGAACCUCUUCAAGAGGCCAUCACCGUCACGCCUUCCUCUUCAAAAACUACAUCAUCAUCUGCAAACAGAAACGAGACACGAACUCAGACAUCCAGACGUACACGUUCAAGAACAUGAUGAAGCUUACCAACAUUGACGUGAACGACACUGUGGAAGGAGAUGAGAGGGCGUUCGAGAUCUGGCACGAACGUGAGGACUCGGUGAGAAAGUACACCCUGCAGGCACGGACCGUCAUUCUGAAGAACUCCUGGCUCCGUGAACUCCGCAACCUUCAGCAACGCUACAGCAUGCCAGCAUGGAGUCCACCAGACUUUGAAGCAGUGUUGACUGACUGCACAGCAGAAUUGGGACAGACGGUCAAACUGGCUUGUAAAGUCACAGGAUCUCCUAAACCCGUCGUGGCCUGGUUUAAAGAUGGCCGAGCCGUAGAAGUUGACCCUCACCACAUCAUUAUCGAGGACCCUGACGGUUCCUGCACUCUUAUCCUGGAUAACAUGACUGCUGAUGACUCUGGACAGUACAUGUGCUUCGCCACCAGUGCUGCAGGAAACGCUAGCACCCUGGGCAAGAUUACAGUACAGGUACCGCCACGCUUUGUCCACAAGUUGAGAAACGUUUCCUUGAUCGCAGGGGAGGAUGCUCAGUUCACUUGCACGAUACUAAGUGCCCCACGUCCAAAAAUAAGGUGGUUUAAGGAUAGCAAGCUGCUAACAGACCAGGAAAAGUAUCAAACCUACAGUGAGCCACGUAGUGGAGUGGUGGUUUUUGUUAUUAAGAACCCUGGAGAGAAAGAUCUGGGGCGCUAUGAAUGUGAGUUGUCUAACCGGCUGGGCAACGCAAAGUGUGCAGCAGAGUUUGUUCUUCCUACCUUAGCGAUGGCAGGAGGAGACCAGGCAAUAUCUAUUGAAGUUACAGAGCAAGAGACUAAAAUCCCAAAGAAAACCAUCAUAAUAGAGGAGACGAUCACCACUGUUGUGAAGAACACUCGAAUGAAGCGCCAUGCUUCUCCUCGCACAUCCUCCAUGGGAGUUUACCGCUCCGAAGCCUCCACCCCUGAACCUCCACGACCGAGGAGGACACUGCCUAGAAAAACUGUCCCCACUCUGUACGUCACAGAACCCGAGGGCACCGCAGCCAAGAACCCCAAAUGGGUCGAAGUGGAAGAGAUAAUCGAGUAUAAAGUGAACAAGUCACCAAAGCUGCCAAGGAGAAGAGGCGCUUCCCCCAGCAAGAGACAACCUCCUGAGAACCCUAACCUUAACAACUCCAACAACAAGUUAAUGGAGGCAUUGCAACCGUCAGAGGCUGGUGUGGAUUCACAAACGUUUUCUUGGGAAGCUGAGCCAUCAAGCGAGUUGGAAACGUUAGAUUCUUCAGAAGUGGAGGUUGUGGAUUUUGAUCAGCCGUGCAUCUUGACUGAAAGCGAUGAUGACAUGGAAGAUAUUCAGGCAUGUGGGGGUUGUAGUAAAACAAUCUUAGAUGACGGGAAUAAAGUGUUUUCCCUGGAAGACCUGGAGGAUUAUGUUCCUAAAGAAGGGGAGACAUUUGGUUGCGGAGAUUCACAAGUUCCUGAAGAGAAACCAUGUGAAAUUUCUGUCCUGCAACGAGAAAUUAACGAACCCACCGUCGGCCACCCUGUCCUGCUAAACUUGGGCUGUCCAGUAAUGAGUCCAAAGGUCCGUCCUGGGUUCUUCAGUCGCUUCAAGGAGCACUUCUCUAACGUCUUUUCCGACCACUCUCCACCUGGGUCAAGCGGAGAGAAAGUUGUCCCGAUUCGUGUCGGCGGGGUGUCCUACGGCCAGUCCGAGUCCGUUCCCGGAUCCUCGAGAAGUCACGCAAAGGUGGAAGUAACUCGAAGGUACUGCUCCGAGGUUCAGCGAGGGAUUGGGGGUGCUCAGCAGAGCUUCAAAGCCCAAAUCUCUGCACCAGUUGGACAACCGGUCACCGUUCAGAUCCCCAAGAUGAACCAGUCUGGAAAGCCGUAAUCAAGAAGAAACCAACAAUAUUGCUACCUAUUGUACCCGCCUUGUCUUAAAGCCCUGUCAUCUUUCUCCUAACUAGUUUCUGACUUCUAGCUCUAGCUUUUGUGGUCACUGGUCGGAGUCAGGAACAUGUAUGAGAAAGGUGACCUCAGGGUAACCCCAUGUACUGACAAUGUUUGCAAUCUACAGUUUGAGGAGCCUUCUGAUUUGUACAUGUAGAAUGUACACAUUUCAGUCGGCUUCCUUCAUUUCCUAGUACUAGCAAUGUCAAUGUUUUACACAAUCAAAACAAACUGUAUUUACCUCCGAAAAAGAUUUCCCUAACAUGGAUAUGCAUCAUAGAACAGUGACUAUAGUGGAAAUUUUUUUGUUAAUGUCAACAGAUCAAAGAUAUGGCCAGAAGUUGCAAGUCUGAAACUAUGAACCGUUGACGUACAUAGCUAGCAAAGUAUUUGCUCGGCUAGCGUCCCCAUUUUGCUCACGUACUUUAACGAUUCAUACCAUCCGGUCAUCUUUUACUUGUUUGCUUACAUCUGAUGGCACUAACAACAUUUUUCACUGUACUCGUGCUGUCUUUGUGAUUUGUUUAGGAAUUUUAGCAAAUGUCAGAAGUUUUUAUUUAGUAAAGUGCUGACGGAUGCCAACCUACCUAUUUUUUCUAGCUAACAAUUUUUCUUAGUGGUUAGUUUGUUUUGAUCCAUCCAUGGGCUGAUGAAGCCUUUUAAGCUAAACAAUUCAAUGACGAGUCAAGUUUCAGUAACGGGAUCAUUCCAUGUUUUCCAGAAGGUCCUGAAAUGCCCUUGCUUAGGGCAACUAGGGUCAAAAACUGAGUUAUAUACACUGAGAAUGGGUUGAGUCUUGGUACGUUAAUCAUGGUAUUUAACAUGUCUCGGUAUCUCGUACCCAAAUGCCAUGAUAAAUGAGCAUCCAUGUGUUUAUCAUUUAAUGCCUUCUAUUUAAAAUGGUACCUGAUGACCUGAUCAACCCAACACCUGAUACAGCAGCACCGCAAACACAACCUUAUUGGUAUUGCAGUAAAUAUCAUGUUGGCAUGUCAAUGUAUGCCUAUAAAGUUCAUACUGUAUAAUAAGUGUAAUCGUUAAACUGGUGAUUAUACUCCAUGUAUAAUAAUUUAAGCUCUGUUUAACUGUGGAAAGUGUGAUUUUUGGGAACGUUUCAUGCUUUGGAUAAUACAAAAGUGUUCAGUAACACUGCAUGUUUUGACAGCGUGUCCAAAUGCGUUUCCAUAGCGUUUGUAUGAAUAUGUGUAAAAUGGAUUCUCUUUAUGUGCAGCACAGAGAAAUCCGAGUAUCUAUCUCUUGUUAUAGUUACUGCAGAGAUUUGAUUCAGCUUGAACUGGGGUUGGUUUGAGGUUGAGGUUGAGGCAAAACCUCUUGGCAUGAAUUUUAGUUAUUAUUAUUAUUAUUAUUAUUAUUAUUAUUAUUAUUAUUAUUAUUAUUAUUAGAGAAAUCUUAUUAUAGAAGAUCUUUUUCCCAGAUAUGUGUACUACGUUUUACUGAACUGGUGUUGGAUGCAUUUUCUGAAAUACAGCUAGAGAAAAAAAGUCUUUUAACCAAAUACAUGUUUGGAGCGUGUGUGUCAGGGAAGAAUUAAGACAUCUAGUUUAAAUGACUGUAAAUGAGAAACUCUGAAUAAAUAAAGCGUGUCCUGCUGAGUAUUACUAAAAUUGUACUUCUCCUUUCAUGUUGCUUUGACAAAAAGACGUUGCAUUAUCCAGAUUAAAUGUUAUGCCUAAAAACUUGGUACUAUUCAAUACUCAGAAGUGAGUAACAUUCUUGGUACCGUAAUUUCCGGACUAUUGAACGCACCUGAAUAUAAGCUUCACCCACUUAAUUUUUAAAAAAUUAUUAUUUUGAAACAUGGCUUGUACCAAAAAAUAAAUAAAUUAGCAGUAAACAGUAGCCUAUCAAGAAAGUAAUUGGUCACUAGCUUCCUCCUAUAAGGCAAGAAGUAGGACGUGUUAAUACAGGAUGAGCUUUCCAGCGCUGGAGAGAUCUGAAGGAGCAGGAAGUUGGCCACAUAUUCAC